ACACACAGACACAUGUACGUACAUACACACAGACACAUGUACAUGCACACAGGCACUUGUACACAUACAUGUACAUACACGCAGACACAUGUACAGAUACACACAUGUACAAACACACACCACCCCCCACCCAUAAAAAGUUGCCGUACUUUGUUGUUCACACACAGAGCUGGGUACUGCACUCUAGGGGGAGGCAGAGAGCACAGCACACACUCCUUCCUUUGCUUUCACUGUGCUCCGCUAUUGAGCAGUCUGACGGCUCCCAGUGCCAAUGACAGAUCCGGUCUGAGCUCCAAGCCUGCUCAGCAUGAUGGCCCUGGGGGACACACUUGCCCCCACCAUAAUUUUCACUCGCCAUUGGCGAGCAGGUGAGUGGAAAUUUCAAGCCCUGACCUAUGUGCCUUCU